AUGAAUAUGUCGCUGGAUAAGGUCAAUGACAUUGCGCCAUGCACUGCAGUGCGGAUUCUCGGGGACGGGAGGUGCCUAGCAGGGUGCGGGCCGGAAAUCUACGUAUACGAGUAUCGCGGCGGAGUGCUGCUGAACCGCUGCCGGGUUUUCCAGCGAAACAAGGUGCACGGGAUAUGCGUGCAGGACGGGUGGGUAAUUGCAUAUGGGGACCGGUCGGUGAGCAUCUUGGAGUUGGAGGACGUGAUGACGCGGCGGAACCUGAAGUAUCACGAGUACAUGACGCCGGAGUGGGUGCUCGGGGCGGCGUUCAGCGCGGACGGGCGCUCGUGUUACCUGCUGACGUGCUACAACAGCGUGCUGGAGAUGGACCUGGAGAUGCGUGUGGUGCGCAGCAUCAACGCGGGUGAGCGGUCGCUGCUGUACUCGGGGUCGGUGAAGGUGGUGGGCGAUGCGGUGUAUGUGUGCGCGGGGACGGUGAUGGGCGGGGUGGUGGUGUGGGAGCUGCACACGGGGGCGGUGGUGCAGCGGCUGGAGGGCCACGAGGGCUCGAUCUUCUGCGCGGUGGUGAGCGACGACGGGCGACUGGUUGCAUCAUGCUCGGAUGACCGCUCGAUUCGGGUGUGGAGCCUGGAGACAGGUGAACAGGUAGGCAUUGCGUGGGGGCACACAGCGCGGAUCUGGGACCUGCGUUUCCUGCGAGUAGCAGACAAGCUGGUCAGUGUAUCGGAAGACUGCACGUGCCGGGUGUGGGCGGUGGGCGCUGAGCGAAUGCAGGAGGAGGCGGUCUACGACGUGCACCAGACGAAGAGCGUGUGGGCCGUGGACGUACAGGAGGACGACAUGGUGGCGGUGACUGCGGGCAACGACGGCCGGCUGCGGCUGGUGGACCUGACGCGGCCGGGCAGCCGGGAGAGGCCCGCGAUCGAUCUGACGACGGAGGGCCUGUAUAAUAUGGACCACACGACAUUCAAGGGCUUCUGCUGGUUCGAGCGCGGCCCGAUCGCGAUCACCUCGUGCGGCAAGAUUCUGCAGCGCAGGAUGUUGGGGCGUUGGGAGUGCAUCCUGGCCGACCAGCGCCUCGCGGGCUACUCUGUCACGAGGCGCGAGCGGGCUCUGGGGUUGGCCGUGAUUGCGAAUGCGAGUGCGGACGUGCUGGUGCUGCGGGUCGACACACACGAGCCUCUGGCCAGCAAAUGGCAUAGGGUCCCCGAAAUAGGGAAAUGCACCAAUAUCCUAGUGACGCGGUCCGGGGAAGACCUGCUGAUUUUGGCGGAGUCGCCGCAGCCGUCUGAUCCGCUUGUGUGCUUGCGACUCGAGUCGCAAACGCUAGCAAUGAAGGCCCAGUACGUCUUCCGGAAGCCUGCCGAGUUCAGCACGAGAGCACUAGGGGUGUAUGAGCACUACAUCAUCGUCGGCUCCCGCUUCAGCACUGUCGCUGUUUUUGAUCUGGACGACCCCAGCUAUGAAUUCGUGCUGCGAAAGCUGUUACCUGGUGAUACGAUCACGGCUAUCACCCACAUAAGUGGACAUUUGUUCGCCAUCACAGAUCGCGAUGGGCACUAUAACUUUGUGUGUUUCGAUUUCGCGAAGAGGGCCCAUCGGGUUGUCCACUCGAACAAGGUGCAGAAGGGAUUCCUGGAAGGCAUUAUCCGCAACGCCAAAGGCGACUAUAUCACCUACGGUUUCAAGGCUGACUCUUUUUACAUGUACAACGAGACGAAGCAGUAUGAGAUAGGCACAGUUUUAUGCGGGGGAGCAAACCGGCAAUGGGAUCUUGUGCACCGCAUCGACGACAGCUUUUUGCUGUGCUAUAUCAAGGCCGGGGACCCCUAUGUCUGCCUGGUCCGCGAUUUUCCCUUCUCGCGGGUUCUUGGGAAUGGCCUGCAUGGGCGGGAGAUUCGGGAUAUAUCCAUCAGGAGCGAUGAGCCAUAUAAGAACGGCUACUUGUUUAUUACAGGGUCUGAAGAUACGAACAUUAAAUUGAACUGUUUUGACGUUGAUACAGGAGAAAUCAGGACAUUUUGGACACUGAAGGAGCAUGUUAGCGGACUUCAAAGGUGCGAGUUUAUAAACAAAAGGUUGUUUGUGUCCUGCAGCGCAAGAGAGGAGCUCUUCCUGUGGCAAGUUACAGAUACCUUUGACAUACCGUACGUGCACCUCCUGCAGAAGCUGCCCGUGUCAUCCUCCAACCCGGAUCUCAGGAUCAUGGACUUCAGUUGCAAAUUCGUAAACGGCACCGAGAACUUCGUGAUAGCAACGGUGUGCUCGGAUAGUUCAAUUCGGCUCUGGUACUAUGACUCGGAGAAGAAUGCGUUCACGCUGUUGGUGAACGGCUUCUAUACGCAAUGCUGUAUUCUAAAUGCAGAACUAAUCGUCUUGCAGGGAAGGCUCUAUCUGCUUGUUUCGGCCACCGAUGGCCACCUGGUGGUAUGGGAUAUGGCCCCAGUGAUGCCGUUUGCAGUCGAGGAUCAGCUCCAGCAGCUGGAGGGAGCUGCCAUGGCGGAAACUAAACUGCCAGAGCCAUCUGUUUUGUUGAAGGUGCAUCAAUCGGGAGUGAAAGCGCUCGGCGUUAGCGUGCGCAAGAGUGAAUUUGUCGUUUACUCCGGGGGGGACGAUAACGCGCUCGCGAUUUCCAUCUUUAGCUGCUCCAACGAUAGCGCGCUGGUGGCCAAAAUCGCGGCAUUCAAUCCCUCUGCAGCAACGUCCACCAUCACGAGCUUGAGCGUUGUGAGCGAGGGCUCCUACAUCCUCACAUCCUCCAUAGAUCAGAUACUGAGGGUGUGGUCAGUGGCCCGCGAUCAGCUACAGCUGCACUCGCAAAGCUACACAACCGUGGCUGACACCGGGCCCACGGCCGUGGUCGCCUCCCCCAGCGGCACCUGGGCCCUGGCCGGCGGCGCAGGGCUCACCCUCCGGCGGCUGUUACCGUAG